UUGUGUGGGUGUGUGUGUGCAAGUGUUUGUUUUUGUGUGUGUCUGAGUUUGUGUCUAUGUCUGUAUCUGUGUGUACAAAUGUAUGCGUCUUGUGUUUAUGUGAGUGUUUUGAUGUGUGUGUCUUUGAUGUGUGUGUGUGUGGGGGGGGGGUUGUUAGUUUCAUGUAUGGGUGUGUUUGUGUGUUUUACGUGUGCUUGCAUGUCUGUAUUUGUGUGUACAAAUUUAUGUUUGUGUGAGUGUUUUGGUGUGUGUCUUUGACGUGUGUGUGUGUGUCGGGGUGGGGGUUGUUAGUUUCAUGUAUGGGUGUGUUUGUGUGUUUAUGUGUGCUUGCUUGCAUGGCUGUGUUUCUGUGAGUGUGUGUCUGUCUGUAUUUGUGUGUACAAAUUUAUGUUUGUGUGAGUGUUUUGGUGUGUGUCUUUGAUGUGUGUGUGUGGGGGGGGGAUUGUUAGUUUCAUGUAUGGGUGUGUUUGUGUGUUUUACGUGUGCUUGCAUGUCUGUGUUUGUGUGAGUGUGUGUCUGUCUGCAUUUGUGUGUACAAAUUUAUGUUUGCGUGAGUGGUUUGGUGUGUGUCUUUGUCGUGUGGCGUUAGUUUCAUGUGUGUGUUUUCUGUGUGCUUGCACGUUUGUGUGUGUGUCUGAGUUUAUGCGCGUCUGUAUUCAUGUGUACAAACGUAGUGUUUGUGUGUGUGUGUGUGUUUACGUGUGUGUGUGUUUUUUUUUCUACUCUUGUGUGUGUGAUUUAAGAGAAUUGUGAAUGGCCAUUGUUGCAUGUUUCCGGUCAGGGUGGCCUGUUAAUACACGCGCUUUUUCGUCCUCCUCUCACCUGAAUGAAAUUGGACUCUGUGCUCCUGGUAGCCAUACUUCACCCGCCUCAAGUGCAUUUAUGGGGACGGUCCGCUCCGGGAACGAGCCGCCGGUCCGCAAAAGAAGAGAAUGGAUCGUACCCGCGUGGCCAGUCAAGGAAAAUGUCGAUCACACACAAAAGGAGUCCAUAGCCAAGAUUCGAUCGGAUUUCCAAGUUGACAGGGACAUCAGCUACUCCCUGGAGGGCGUCGGUGCCACCCAGUACCCCUUCAACGUCUUUGUGGUGGACCCCAAAACGGGACUCAUUCGCGUCACUCAAGUGCUCGACAGGGAGGCCAUCGACACCUACAACCUGUUGGCCAUCGCCAGGUUCAACGACGGCGCCGAGGCCGAGAAAAGGAUCGACCUACGCAUAAAGGUGCUGGACGAGAAUGACAACGAGCCGCAGUUUGACUCCACGGAUCCCGUGGACGUGUACGAACGGAGCCCUGCGGGAACGCCCGUCACAAGAGUCACCGCGACUGAUGCCGAUGAACCUGGCAAUCCCAACUCUCAGCUGCUCUACACCAUCGUGAAGCAGGAACCCCCUCACAACAUGUUUCGCAUUAACAAAGACGGAAACAUCUACGUGGACAAGUCCACUCUGGAUAGAGAGGAAACAGACCAAUACUUUGUAACGGUGCAAGCUCAGGAUCUCAAUGGCGACCCUGACGGACUCACGGGGACCAGUACGGUGACUAUUAACGUGCUGGACGUCAACGACAACCUUCCGACGUUGGAAAAAGACCAGUACGAGGGCAGCUUUAUGGAGAACACGCAGGGCGUGGAGGUGAUAAGGAUCAAAGCUCAAGACUUGGACCUGGAGGAUACGGAAAACUGGCAAAGUGUGUUUGAUAUCGUCAAAGGCAACGAGGCCAAGUAUUUCAGCAUCAAAACAGACCCAAAGACCAACGAGGGUGUCCUCAUGCUUGAUAAGGCUGUGGAUUACGAGGACGUGAAGGAUCUUGUUCUAGGAUUGACCGUGAGGAACAAGGCUCCACCUUAUGAAGGACUUGAAGAAAGCACGACCUAUAAAACUUAUCCCGUCAAAAUCAACGUACAAAACCAACGUGAGGGUCCAUAUUUUGACCCUAAAGUCAAAGUGGUCACUUUGUCGGAGGGAGGCAGCACCAUUAGUAUUAAUGAUGUAAUUACUCGCUACCCGGCACUAGAUGGCGACACUGGGAAACAAGCUGAGAAAGUCAAGUAUCUUAAAGGUUCCGACCCCGACAACUGGCUCACCAUCGAGCCGAAAACCGGUGACAUCACACUGAACAAGAUGCCCGACAGAGAGUCCACUUUCUUGGUGAACGGGACCUACUACGCUAAGAUACUCUGUAUUUCCGAAGACAUCCCCUCAAGCACCGCCACCGGGACCGUGGCCAUCCAGGUGGAAGACUUCAACGACCACUAUCCCACACUGACCAGCACCCUCCAGACUCUGUGCAUUCCCGACGACGCCGUCAUCGUCACCGCUGUCGAUGAAGACGACUACCCUAACGGUGCUCCUUUCACCUUUGAAAUCAUCCCAGAGGGCGCGAAGGGAAAAUGGCAGGUGGAGCAUCUCAAUGAUACUGCAGCCAUCUUGAGGGCUCAGCACUCCUUAUGGCCUGGUCUCCACGAGGUGGAAUUAUUGGUGAGGGACGAGCAGGGGGAGGCGUGCCCGGAGCCGCAGAAGGUGACGGUCCAGGUGUGCACCUGCGAGGACCGAGUGAGUUGCGGAAGCCAAGGCGGAAUGGGUCAGCCCAACAAGAGGUCCGCGUUAGGACCCGCAGGCAUCGGAUUGCUGUUACUGGGCCUGCUGCUGCUACUGCUUGUUCCCCUGCUGGUGCUCUUCUGCCAGUGUGGUGGCGCUGUGAGGCUGCCAGUGGGUGCGGCGGACAUACCAUUUGAAACCAAGUCACACUUGGUCAACUACUGCACCGAAGGCCAGGGGGAGAACGCGGAGGUUCCGCUAAACCUCAUGCCGACAAAGAUGGUGGCCGAAGACGUGAGGGAUCGCAUGAACCAGUCGGUCUUUGUGGACGCCUUCGAGGGAAACGUGGCGCAGUCGUGGGCGAGGAGGCAGGGCAACGCGAACGCCUUCUACUCCAGGUUUGGGGGUACAGCGGUGGGAGGCCAGGCCACGGCAGCGUACGACAGCAUCGCUCUACCGGAACACCUGCUGGCGCAAUACUACCAGCAGAGGGUGUACAGCAGAAGUGGCGCAGGCAGUUUGGCGGAGAAGGACGCUCAGUUGAAGUACAACUUUGAGGGCCAAGGCUCCUCGGCCGGCUCGGUGGGCUGCUGUAGCCUCCUGGAGAACGACGUCGACCUGCAGUUCCUCGACCACCUCGGCCCCAAGUUCAAGACUCUGGCGGAGGUGUGCUGUGGCCAGAAGAUCCAACAAGACGUCUCGCCGCUGCCCACAAAGGUUGUGAUUGAAAAGAGUCCGGAACUCCCAAAGCUGCCAUCAGUUGUCCCCAGCGUAGACCCGACCAUGACACAGGUGGUGGAGGAAAACACGACUACGCGGAACCAAGGGAUGACGGCAGUGAUGGGAGGGAUGGAAAACCAAGGCCAGAUGUUCUUGCUUCAGCAGGAGCAGCCUCUCUACUACACUGCUGCUGCCCCCAUGCAGUACGUAGUCCAGCCACAAGUCCAGAACACCAUGCUGUUGGCUGAGGCACCAGCUACCAACCUCCAGGGUGUGGUUCUGGCAGCACCUGCGCAAGGCAUGCUAGUGUCCAGCAGACACACCAAGGAAGCCGGCGUGGUGCUGGUGGAGAACCCCAAGGUCCAGACCAAGAUCCACGCAGGAAAACAUCCUGGACUCCAGAGCAUGGUAGUGGUGGAACGCAAGCUCCCUGUUGGGUCUGUUAAAGGUUUCAGAGGGAGCCAAACCUCGCUGGUGCAAGGAGGUGGAGAAGCUGGGUGGAUUUCUGGUGCUCAACGAGUCGUCCUGGUGGAAGGCUCAUCCAGCGGAAAUGAAAGUGUGUCCCAGAAGAGGAACAACUCUGGAUCUGUAAAGUCCUUCAACAUCAAGGGCACCACCACCAAGUCCACUGGACCUCAGGUGUCUUUUCCCAGAAUCCCAACAUACCGCAAGGUGGUGGUGCAGCAGACACGCAAAUAACGGAUUUUGGCCAUGCGGCGUUCCCAGCAGAGACGCAACAUGGAUACUUCUCCCAACUGGAUUCGGAGUCGAAGGGUGACAGAGUCAAAUCACGCUGACUGAAGAACACCCUCAGAAAUCCCCUCUCUCUUAUUUUUGGUAUGUGAAAAGAUGUUUUUUUUUAUGCACUUCCAAGCAAAAACAAGGAAUGUACCCCACCCCCACAUCGCGUGAAAUGAACGUAAGGUCGCUAUGAAUGCUUGGCCCGGCCGGCGUGAUAACGCCAUUGGCCAAGGGCCAAUGAGAGCGAAGCUGUUUUCCAUAUUUAUGUUGAGAAAAUGAGUGAUCCGAUAAGCGCAAAGGUUAUUUACGUGUUGCAUAUUAAAUGAGAAACCCGGCCAUGAAAAAGACCGAUUAGAACAGCUUGAAAAGAGACUUUCUGGACAUUUCUAAUUAUCUUGCAAAAUUGAUCAAAGGACAUCGAAGAUUAUUAAAAAAAAAAUAUAUAUAUAUAUAUAUAUUUUUUUGCUGGACGGGAGCCUUUAAAGUCGUUCAAAAUGGUAAAAAGCUAAAAAGAAUUCCAAAUAAAAGAAAAGCGCAAAGCAAGUGCACUUUGGGUGUGUCGGCGCUGAGAUUUUGUGUGCUUGUGCAUGUGUGAGCUUCCCCCUUGCAAAACCGGUUUCAACCCCCCAACACACACACACACACACACGCGCGCACACACACACACACACACACACACUCAUCGCCACUUUUUCCCGGUGCCACUGCAACGCUUCAUUAUUCUCAUUUGGUAACAUGAAUGAGUGCAAAUGUCAUUGAUUUCAUUUAUGUGUAUUGUUCAUAUUGUCGUGAGCAGCCAAACUUGUGUUCUUAUGUCGCAGUUAUCGCACUUUAUCUCUUUCGCCUCGCUAUUAGCUCGUCAUACCAGAGUUAUAUAAUUACGCAGUAUUCAGCAUUUCGAUGACGGACACUGUCGCUUUGUUAAGACACACCUGUGGAGGAGGAAAAAUCCAGCAGGUAGCAAGGCCACGCCUCGUCUAUCCUCGGAAGCUAUCGAAUUCCAAAAUAUUGAAAGUGUCACUUUGACAAGGUCAAAUGAAGUGUUAUGGAUAAACAUUUGAGAGUCACUGAUGGCGAAGCGCUACACUGGCCUGACUUUGGUGCGGGCAGCGUGGGUUCAGUUCCCAGUCAGUGACUGUGCCAAUGGUUGUCCGUGUCUAUAUGUGCCCUGCGACUGACUGGCGACCAGUCCGCCUUUUGCCCGAAGUCAGCUGCGUAGGUUAAUAUUUGUAAAAACAUUGGCAACAUUGGCUAGUAAAACGAGUUGUUUUGAUGGACGACUUCUUUUGGGCGCGGUCGCCAGUGUAAGGCUUAAGUCCGAAGUCAUCAUCAUGUGAGUCAAUUGAACGUGACUCAUAGACUUAAGUCCUUGUUUAUGCUCUCAAGUCACGUCAACACCAAGACCUGCUCCUGCAGGGUAGAGUGCACUCUCCGGGUCGGGGGGAAGAGAUCCUGCCCCAGGUGGAGGAGUUCAAGUAUUUCGGGGUCUUGCUCACGAGUGAGGGAGGACCGGAGCGGGAGACCGACAGGCGGGAUCCGUGCAGCGUCUGCAGUGAUGCGGACUCUGUAUCGGUCUGUUGUGGUGAAGAAGGAGCUGAGCUCUCGAUCUCCGUUCCUACCCUCACCUAUGGUCACGGGCCGUGGGUCGUGACCGGAAGAACAAGAUCGCGGAUUCAGAGUUGAGCCGCUGCUCCUCCGCAUAGAGAGGAGCCCGAUGAGGUGGCUCGGGAAUCUGAUUAGGACGCCCCCACCCGGACGCCUCCCCGGUGAGGUGUUCCGGCCACCGGGAGGACACGCUGGAGAGACUGUCUCUCGGCUGGCCCGGGAACGCCUCAGGAACGAAGCGUCUGGGCUUCCCUGCUUAAGCCGCCGCCCCCCGCGACCCGACCUCGGAUAAGCCGAAGACAAUGGAUGGACGCUGCAAAUCUGAAAAGCUGGUUAGCAAACGUGUGCUUAAAGGCAUUUAAACAAAGUGAUGGCGUUUGUAUUUUUCCAAAUUUUGACGCCAACAUUUUCCCACUUGCUGCAAACGAACAUUGGUUGCCAAUAUCGGUCAUCGGCCUCCUUGCCUACUAACAAUCGGUAUCGGCCCUAAAAAAAAACAAACAUAUUGGUCUGUGUCGAGCAAAAAUGAUCACUUAAAAAUCUGGCCAAAAAUUAGUGAGCCAUUUUUGCCAUCUUGUGACCCAACGCCUCAAAUAAUGUUCUUCUUACAUUUUUUCCAACUUUGACCACAAACCGACUCACUUGGCGAACCGAUCACGAGGCUUUCGUGAAACUGAGCCGGUGACACACGAUCUGACAACCAAACUGGCCCGACCGCUGAGGCGGCUGUUUGUUUCCAACGCCAGCGGAAGCCGAAUGAGCUCCCGCCCACGAACUCACCGACGCUACUUUCUCACUCGCUUACUCACACUCUCUGGGCGUGGCGCUCCUGUCAGCAGGUUUGGGCGAGACGGCGAUUCUCUUCGAAACGUCGGGCGAUUCUUCGUGUGACGUUGACGCUUCCGACGUCAUGUGGAGUCAAAAAACACGACAGGAGAUUCGACGGGAUGCGUCGUCGAUGGUGCAUUGGAAGUGUAUUUUGUAUGUAGCACAUUCAAAAUGACCUCCAGUAAACUCGAGGUACAUAUAAUAAAUAUGUUAAGAAUAUGAAAUAAUACACUUAAAUAGUAAUAGUACAUCAGAGAUGUAUAGAAAUAUGAUGUCAACUUGCUACAUGAGAGGCGUGUCAUGAAAUAUGAGGUACUAUCCUAAUAUGUAAUAUAUUCAUUCAUACGAUAUGACAUCGAUAUGCGACAUUAGGAUAUGUGAAUGUGGUCAAUUAAAGAAUGUAAAUAUUCUACAUUCAAAGUGUAUAGACGUUAAAGAGGUAUGUGAAUAUGACACAUUAGCGGUGUACCGGUAUACAGUAUGAUGAAAAUAUACGACAUUGAUGAAUGCAAUAUCAUAUAUUAAAGAUGUAACAGACAUGAAAUGUGUAUGCAUUAAAAUAUGAUGUAAUUAUGCUGCAUCAGCGAUACAUGAUGUAAAUGUGACCAACUAGAGGUAUCGAUAAAUAUGUCAAUAUUCUACAUUAAGGGUGUGUGGAUAUUAAAUAGGACGUGAAUAUGAUAUAUUAGGUGUUUACAUGAAACACAGUAUGAUGUAAAUAAGCGGAGUUGCAUUAAACAUGAUGUAAAUGUGAUACAUUAAAGGUGUACAGGCAUUAAAUAUGAUUUUAAUAUGCUGAA